GAGGAGCCAUCCCAUCCAGCAGCCAGUAUUUUUUUGAGAAUAGAUCAAACCUAUUAAACAGGCCUGCCUGCUAGGUUUCCAUCUCGAUCUGCCUGCUGCUUCUUUAUUACUUGUUCACCUCUACCCUUCAUUUCCUGCUACUACUGCGACGUUUGUGUUCUUGGAAUUUUGGAAAAAUUUCUUUCCGCGAGAAAGAGAGAUCAGGAAGGAAGAAUAUAUCUGCGCCACCGGGUUAUGAUCAUCACGUUCGUAGACUCCAUGAAGAGAUAGAGAGGCUUCUUUUGCUUGCACUUGAUAUUUAGAUCCAAAAAUGGGUGCCAUAAAAGCAGCAAUCGGAGACGCAGUGCUGACAUUCAUGUGGGUGUUCUGCGCAUCCUCUCUGGGAGCACUGAAUAGUGUAAUAGCCACUGCACUCGGGGUUCAAGGACUGCUCUUUCCUUCUCUCUUCAUCACUACCCUGCUUUUCUUUGUUCUAAACUUUGUCUUCACAUUGAUCGGCGAUGCCCUGCUGGGUGGGGCUAGCUUCAACCCCACCGGCAACGCCUCAUUUUACGCUGCCGGACUCGGUUCCGACACCCUCUUCUCUAUGGCUCUACGCUUCCCUGCUCAGGCAGCCGGUGCUGUGGGCGGCACUCUGGCAAUCAUGGAGGUUAUGCCAAAGCAGUACAAGCACAUUCUAGGCGGGCCUUCUCUCAAAGUUGACUUGCAUUCUGGAGCCAUUGCCGAGGGAUUCCUGACCUUCCUUAUUAGUUUUGCUGUCCUUUUGAUUAUCCUCAGGGGUCCCCGAAGCCUGAUAAUGAAGGCGUGGUUCCUUGCCGUGGUAACUGUAUCGUUAAUCUUUGUGGGUACUAAUUACACAGGACCUUCCAUGAAUCCGACCUUUGCUUUUGGUUGGGCGUAUGUAGACAAAUUGCAUAAUACUUGGGAACAUUUCUAUGUCUAUUGGAUCUGCCCCUUCAUUGGAGCAAUAUUGGCAGCUUGGAUUUUCCGGCUUCUCUUCCCGACCUCAUCCCAGCCGGCAAAACAGAAGAAAGCUUGAAGAGGGUCGUAUAAGCUUAUGUGCUCAUUGACUUGGUAGAGCUUGAUGUUGAUGAUGAUGUAAUUAUCUGGACCUCCCCAUUAAUAAAGUUAUUUUCAGACAA